AUGCCAAUUACAAAAGUCCCCGUGGUGAAUAAAUUUGGAAUUAUAUCUGAAAAGCAACGUUUAGAGAUAACGGAGCGUUUGUGCAGAAAGACUUUGAUUGACAGCACAGUUAUACGUCAUUCAUUCAUCACCCAUAAAAAUCCUGUAGAAGUGACAGAAGAAUUUGUACACCGAUACAAUGAAGCCAGCAGUGAAACAGAAAGAAAAAAGUAUGAGACCUUGGCUCUUAAGAUGCUUGCAAGAAUUAAGCGUCGAGUUGGACUAAAUAGCUUUGGCAUCGGCAGACAUGUGAACCUUCCUUUUGCAUGGGCAGAAUUGGCCCAAUUAAUCGAAUGUAAAGGAAUCAUUCAAGAUGAAUGUCUUAAUUGUUUGCUGUUGUCCCUUAAACAAGCACCAAUUCAUCAGAAUCAUGUUGCUGCUUUGUUUUAUUUAACUGAAACGCUCGUCCUCUUGUUAAGAAGUGAAUCACUAAAAGAACCAUUCCUACGAAGCACAGAAAUCAAAAUGCUUAAGGUUUGCCAGUUGCUUUUCACUCGUCUCUAUUUCCAUAAAAUGGCCAAUCAUCUUCAAGGCUGCAAUGAUUUCAAGAAUAGGCUCGCUUCUUAUAUGCAAGGUUUGUCCAAAUGCCAGUCUCUUUAUUCCUUCUACCCAGAUGCUCAGUUGGCUUUGAAAUUUAUGAUUCAAGUAACGUCCAUUAUUCUGGCCAGUACAGACCUGAAUGUUGAUGAAAUCAAAGGAGGACAUCUUCCGGCCAGUGUGAAUAAUGAGAAAAAAGAUUUAUCUUCAAAUUUGAUGCCUUGUCUGUCAAACGGGGAAUCCUGUUCAGGUGAAGUCCGUUGUCCUUCAGGUCACAGUUCUUGGAUGAGCAGCAGCAUCCAUGACUUAACCAUCUGUCUCUCUCUCUCUCUCUCUUUCAUCUUCUCCCUUCAACACACUUUCUCUCUUUCCAAUUCUCUUUCUCCCUGCCACUUGCUAUCUGCUGCUUUCUCUCUUUCCAACUCUCUCUCUGCCAGUUUCUCUCUUUCCAAUGCUCUCUCUCUGAUCCUCUUUCUCCCUGCGGUUCUCUCUCUCUUUCCAAUUCUCUUUCCCCUGUCACUCAUUCUCUCUUCCUAG